CAGAGUAAGCAACAAUCAACACACUGACUUCGUAGCAGCACGGCGAACCCCGCGAACAGUCUACAUCGGACCAGCGUUUGAGCAAAAGUCACAGGCCGUUACAUCAUCUGAUCUUCGCCCGCCCAGCCCUUCCCAGACAUGGAGCAGAAAUUCAACGAAUCCGCCGAGAAGGUGAAGAGCUUCACCAAGCGACCGAGCGACGCGGAGCUGCUGGAGCUGUACGCACUGUUCAAGCAGGCGACAGUCGGCGACAACGAAACCGAGAAGCCCGGCAUGUUCGAUCUGAAGGGCAAGGCCAAAUGGCAGGCGUGGGCUGACCGGAAGGGCACCAGCAAGGAAGCGGCCAUGGAAGCGUACAUCAAGAUGGUGGAGGAGCUGUCCGCGAAGUACGUCUAAACGGACGGUGGCGCUAAGCAAAUUGCCAAACGGAAAAACGGCGCUGGAGUUUAAUACACAUUCGGUUCGGUACUUUUGUUUCUACAACUAUAAAAAAACGAGGGCCAUAGCAGUUCCUUACCGUGGUGAUCCUGUAUUCUUCCUCGGACGCUUCGCGAGUGUUUAGUUUUAUUGUUUUGUUAUCAGUUUCUGUUUUUUUUUGUUUCGGGGGCACUUUGGAGCGAUUCGUUUUGCUUAUCGAUCGAGGGGAGAAUACGGUAAGGUUUUGCAUCAUACGUUAGCUAACGGGUGAGAAGAUAACAACCAAAAAUGUUGAUACAGGGUUGAGUAAGCUUACAAAUUAAUAAAGUGAAAUGUUUUACUAAAAC